AUGAGGUCAGUGCACGUGAAGCCUGUGCACGUGAAGCCUCUGCACGUGAAGCCUGUGCACGUGAAGCCUGUGCACGUGAAGCCUGUGCACGUGAAGCCUGUGCACGUGAGGUCAGUGCACGUGAAGCCUGUGCACGUGAAGCCUUGGAAUGUUACGGCUGUGGCCACAUCAGCAAAACCAGAGGAGGCUCCACCCGCCUGCUCCACCCGCCUGCCCCACCCGCCUGCUCCACCCGCCUGCCCCACCCGCCUGCCCCACCCGCCUGCUCCACCCGCCUGCUCCACCCGCCUGCUCCACCCGCCUGCCCCACCCGCCUGCUCCACCCGCCUGCUCCACCCGCCUGCCCCACCCGCCUGCCCCACCCGCCUGCCCCACCCGCCUGCUCCACCCGCCUGCUCCACCCGCCUGCUCCACCCGCCUGCUCCACCCGCCUGCUCCACACGCCUGCCCCCACCCGCCUGCUCCACUCGCCUGCUCCAACCGCCUGCCCCACCCGCCUGCUCCACACGCCUGCCCCACCCGCCUGCUCCACACGCCUGCCCCACCCGCCUUCUCCACCCGCCUGCCCCACACGCCUGCCCCACCCGCCUGCUCCACACGCCUGCCCCACCCGCCUGCUCCACCCGCCUGCCCCCCACGCCUGCUCCACCCGCCUGCUCCAUCCACCUGCUCCACACGCCUACUCCACCCGCCUGCUCCACCCGCCUGCUCCACCCGCCUGCUCCACCCGUCUGCUCCACACGGAAUGCUCCACCCGCCUGCUCCACCCGCCUGCUAAACACGCAAUUUUGA